AUGGCCUUUUGGCGCGCUAACUUCGUGCUGCUGCCAAUUCUAUUUUCAGUGGCAGUUGCUGAUACCGAGCUUCCAAUCGAUCAAGAGGUGCGAGAUGGGCUACACGAAGCAAUGGACCAUACACGACUGGUCUGCUCCUUUUUCCAUCAAAUUUUUCUUGAGGAAGCUAUCGCUGAUGCGGAGUUCCCGGAUUACAAACGCUACUUGGACGAUUUUGUAAAAGAAACCUGUGGUGCGGCCAAUACGUGUAAGGUGCCAAAGGGCGUAUGCCAAAAAUCAGCUCCGGGUUUGCAGUUGGCAUUCCAGGCAAGAAACGUUACGAACGUGCGCCGGGUUGCACAGGUGCUCGUCGAGGAUAAAAACCCAAAAAAGUUGUUCGCUUGCGGGACCUCGGGGGGUCUGUCGAACCUACGCGACAAAAGGCUGGAGGUUCCGGGCGAAGAUCUUCGCGAAAAAGCUGAUUGGUCCACACAACCCUUCGGAAUUCGAUAUCGGUCUGGCGGACGAUGUGAUGCCCGCAUAAAACGUGUGGGUAUGGGACGACAA